UCCAGCCACCGCACAGGACCGCCGCCAAGAGAAACCUUGCGCGCCACUCUGCUUCCACCCUUUCUGUGUCUAUAUAAUCCACCCCAGUGAAGCACCGGAACACCUGAGAAAUCCCCAGACCAAGCAGACGCAUGGAGAGCACGGGCCAUGGCGGCGGCGGCGAGGGCGCUAGCGUCCUCCUCCUGCCGUUCCCAGGGGCGCAGGGCCACACGAACCCGCUGCUGGAGCUGGGCCGCCGCCUGGCGCACCACGGCCUCCGCCCCACGCUCGUCACCAGCCGCCACGUGCUCUCCUCCACCCCGCCGCCCGGCGCGCCCUUCCGCGUGGCCGCCAUCUCCGACGGCUUCGACGCCGGCGGCGCGGCCUCGGACUACACGGACUACUUCUCGCGGCUGGAGGCCGUGGGGUCCGAGACGCUGCGGGAGCUCCUUCUGUCGGAGGCGCGCGCCGGGCGGCCCGUGCGCGUGCUGGUGCACGACUCCCACCUGCCGUGGGCGGGGCGGGUGGCGCGCGCGGCCGGCGUUCCCGCCGCGGCGUUCUUCUCGCAGCCGUGCUCCGUGAACGUCGUCUACGGGGAGCUCUGGGCGGGGCGGUUGGCCCUUCCGGUGACGGAUGGGCUCGAGCUGUUCGCGAGGGGAGCGCUGGGCGUGGAGCUGGGUCCGGAGGACGUGCCGCCGUUCGCCGCAGCGCCGGAGUCUCAGCCUUUGUUCCAUAAGACGGCUAUCGGGCAGUUCGACGGGCUGGAGGACGCCGACGACGUGCUCGUCAACUCAUUCAACGCCAUCGAGCCAAAGGAGGGAGAGUUCAUGGAGCUAACAUGGAGAGCGAAGACCGUAGGCCCCACAUUGCCAUCGUUUUACCUCAACGACGAUCGUUUGCCCUCCAACAAGUCUUAUGGUUUCAACCUAUUUGGCAGCGAUGCACCAUGCAUGGAUUGGCUAGAAAAACAGAGCAUCUCCUCUGUUGUGCUCGUAUCCUACGGGACUUUCUCCAACUACGACGCGGCCCAGCUAGAGGAGCUUGGCAAUGGGAUAUGUAAUUCUGGCAAAUCUUUUAUAUGGGUUGUUAGGUCCAACGAGGCACACAAGCUAUCCGAGGAACUCAGAAAGAAAUGUGAGAAGAAUGGAUUGAUUGUUUCUUGGUGCCCCCAACUUGAGGUUCUAGCUCACAAGGCCAUCGGAUGUUUUGUUACUCAUUGUGGCUGGAACUCAACGCUGGAGGCGGUUGUUUGUGGUGUACCUCUUGUGGGAAUUCCGCACUGGGCGGAUCAACCCACCAUCGCAAAGUAUGUAGAGAGCGCAUGGGGUAUGGGUGUGCGAGUGCGGAAGAGCGAAAGUGGAUCACUAAGGAGUGCGGAGGUCGAGAGGUGUAUUAGAGAGGUCAUGGAUGGGGAGAGGAAGGACGACUACAAAAGGAAUGCUAUGAAGUGGAUGCAAAAGGCCAAGGAGGCAAUGCAAGAAGGGGGAAGCUCAGACAAGCAUAUUGUUGAAUUCGCUGCCAAGUAUUCGUCAAUUUGAAUUUUCAACAAUGUAAUAUUUAUUCAAAAUAAGCAAGUAGGCACUGAUUCCAGGCAUGUAUGUUUAGAGGAGACAAUGUUUCCAUAUGUAAUUACUGUGCUAUAUUCUCACCAUUUGGAACGACGCUAAAAAUUCCUAAAUUAAUAGCCCGUGGAAAAAUGCUUUACACA